AUGACCAUAAGAAAAGGACCAUUUAGACUUGUUACUGUCAACACCGCGCCAGAACGUGCAAAGCGUCUUAUUGGUCGCUUGAUCACCGAGCUCCAAGAUGACUAUGACAUUAUUCACGUCGACAACUGUCAGAGUAUUGAUGAGGUGAUCCCCAAGGUCACUGAGCACAAGCCCAACGUUUUGUUCUCUGCCUCUAUGUGGUCUCCCGAGGAAGCUCAGCAAAUCCACUCUUUGGCCAAGUCUAUCGUGCCUGACAUCAAGCUGCACGCGAUCCCAACCGGAUUGCAGGUUGAACGAGGACCAGAUGCUAUCGUUGAGUAUCUUGUUGAGAAGGUCCCCCCUCUGCUGGAUAGUUAG